CUAAAACAAAAAUUAGGAGCUUAUCACCAUGAAGGCUGCAGCAAUUGGACAGUUUCUUCUGCUGAUUAUUGCCUGCAGCGCCGUUACCUGCAGCUCCGCUGAUGCAAACGAAACAGACCUGUUAUCACUGCUUGACUUCAAAAGAUCAAUCACGCUUGAUCCACAGCAAGCCUUGGCCUCAUGGAACCACAGCACCCACUUCUGCAGCUGGGAAGCCAUCCUCUGCACAACCACCAGCCCACGCCGUGUCGCUUCCAUUCGGCUUGAAAGGCUAGGCCUAGUUGGCCAAAUCUCUCCUUCACUUGGCAAUCUGACAUUUCUAAGGAACCUCUCCCUUGCGACGAACCGGUUCACCGGAGAAAUCCCUGCAUCCCUUGGCCACCUCCAGCGAUUGCAGUACCUAUUACUGAGCAACAACACGCUGCAGGGGGCAAUACCGAGUUUCACAAACUGUUCAAGCCUCAGGGUGCUAUGGCUGCACCGGAACAGUUUUGUUGGGCCCUUCCCAACAGAGUUGCCCCCUGGCCUUCGCCAGCUGCAGAUUUCAGUCAAUGAUCUUGCUGGAACCAUCCCUGCUUCUCUUUCCAACUUCACAAUGCUGGAUGCGAUUAGCUGCGUUGACAAUCACUUUGAGGGCAGUAUCCCAGAUGAGUUUGCAAAGUUGCAAAACCUGCAGCAGCUCUAUUUGGGUGCCAACCAGUUGUCAGGAAGGUUUCCUCGGGCCAUCAUGAAUCUUUCUGCCCUCACUGACCUCAGUCUUGGUUUCAAUCAGUUUAGCGGGGAAGUGCCACAGGAUCUCGGUAGCACACUGCGCAACCUUCAGUUGCUCGAGUUGCCUGUCAAUUUCUUUCAAGGUCAGAUCCCUCCUUCAUUGACAAAUGCUUCCAAUCUGUACUACAUCGAGAUAUCCAGGAACAGUUUUAGUGGAGUGGUACCUAGCAAAAUUGGCAGACUGAACAAGCUGGAAAUGCUGAAUCUCGAAUUAAAUCAGCUGCAAGCAGAGAGCAAGCAAGAUUGGGAGUUUCUUGACAGCUUGGCCAACUGCACAGAGCUAAUAGAUUUCUCGAUGACUGGGAAUCUUCUACAAGGUCAGGUACCAGCUUCAGUAGGCAACCUUACAAAUCAGCUCCAAUAUCUAUACUUUGCAGAAAAUCAGUUGUCAGGGGAAUUUCCUCCUGGUAUAGCAAACCUUCAAAACAUGUACACUGUAUCACUGGCUGUGAACCAAUUUUCAGGUGUACUUCCUGAAUGGCUUGGGUCUCUGAAAAAUCUGCAAAAGAUGUCACUAGGCAGCAAUUUCUUUAGUGGGACCAUUCCAUCAUCCUUUUCAAAUCUGACUCAAUUGACAGAACUAAAUCUAGAGUCGAAUCGGUUGGUCGGAAAGAUACCCCCAAGCUUUGGAAACCUUCCAGUCCUUAAAGUGCUGAACAUUUCCAAUAACAAUCUUUAUGGAAGCAUACCAAAGGAACUAUUCAGAAUCCCAACAAUUGUGCAGAUCAGCUUAUAUGUCAACAACCUAGAUGGAAUGAUUCAUCCCGACAUUGGCAAUGCCAGACAACUCACAGAUUUUCAGCUUUCGUCAAAUAAUUUGUCUGGAGAAAUUCCUACCACCUUGGGUAGCUGUGAGAGUUUGGAAGGCAUCGAGUUUGAUCACAAUGCUUUCAGUGGAAGCAUCCCAGUUUCAUUAGGAAACAUAAGAACUCUAAAAGUUCUCAACUUGUCUCACAACAACUUAACUGGGUCAAUACCAGCAUCUAUCGGAAACCUACAAUUUCUUGAGCAACUAGAUUUAUCAUUCAACAAACUUAAAGGUGAGGUACCAACAAAAGGGAUAUUCAAUAAUAGAACAGCCAUGCGGAUUGAUGGAAAUCAGGGGCUUUGUGGCGGGCCACCAGAGUUACACCUACCGGCAUGUCCUGGCACCUCAUUGGAUUCAGAUAAGCACAAACUUCCAAUUAUACUGAAAGUAGUGAUCCCAGUAGCCACAGCAGUAUCAUUUGCUGUGGUGAUUUCUGCUUUGCUGUUGUUCCGGAGGCGAAAACAGACAGGCGGAUCCAUUUCUUUACCCUCAUUCGGAAGAGAAAUCCCGAAAAUUUCUUACAGAGACCUUUUCAGAGCAACAGAGGGAUUCGCAACAUCCAAUCUAGUUGGUCAGGGAAGGUAUGGUUCUGUUUAUCAAGGGAAACUGUUUCAAGAUGGAAAUGUGGUUGCCAUCAAGGUGUUCAAUCUAGAGACAAGAGGAGCACAGAAGAGUUUCAUCGCAGAAUGUGAUGCUUUGAGAAAUGUUCGGCACCGCAAUCUAGUUCCUAUCCUUACUGCUUGCUCAACUAUUGAUUCUAAUGGAAAUGAUUUCAAAGCCUUAGUAUAUGAGUUCAUGCCACGAGGAGACUUGCAUAACUUAUUAUACUCGACUCGAGAGAGUGAAGGCUCUUCAUAUUUGAACUGUGUUUCCCUCGAUCAAAGGUUGAGCAUUAUUGUGGAUGUAUCUGAUGCUUUGGCAUAUCUACACCAUAGCCACCAAGGAACCAUUGUACAUUGUGAUCUGAAACCUAGCAACAUUCUCCUGGAUAAUGAUAUGGUAGCCCAUGUCGGAGAUUUUGGGCUUGCAAGGUUCAAAUUUAGUUCCACAACAUCAUCUGCUGUUGACUCAUAUUCUACUUCAACAGCUGCAAUCAAGGGAACCAUUGGAUAUGUCGCUCCAGAAUGCGCAGGGGGAGGUCAUGUCUCAACUGCCUCAGACGUGUACAGCUUUGGAGUUGUACUCCUCGAGGUAUUCAUCCGACGGAGGCCAACAGACGACAUGUUCAAGGAUGGAAUGAGCAUUGCAAAGUUUGUAGAGAUCAACUUCCCUGAAAAUGUGUUGCAGAUUGUUGACCCACAGCUGCUGGGAGAGCUGGAGCUCAGCAAGGAGACUCCUCCAGUUGCCAUCAAGGAUGGUGGAGCACAGGUUCUGCAGUCUGUAUUGAGCAUUGGACUCUGCUGCACCAAGACAUCCCCCAGCGAGCGCAUCCCUAUGCUGGAAGUGGCUGCCAAGCUGCACGGGAUCAGGGAUGCAUAUCUUAGAGGAAACUGAAGGACCAGCUCAAUUAUUUAUGUUCUGAAAUUUGAAUGAAUAACUUGCAGAAUAUUUUGUCAUGUAUUAUGUUUUACUUGUUCAGUUGUUCUAAAAAAUCUGCAUUAUGCUUC